AAGGGGACGUGGCCUGUAAGAUGUGCGUGGUCAUGUGUGAGGGGGCGUGUUUUGGUAAGGGGGCGUUGCUUGCCCAGUGAGGGGGCGUGGUCUGCUCCAAAGAGGCGUGGUCUGCCUCUGUAGAGGGCGUGGUCUGUUGCUGGGGGCGUGUCCUUCUCCUGCGCAGCCAACUCGGGCCGCGCUUCCGCCUCGCUCGGGGAUAAAGCGGCGCGGACAGCUUGAUUUCCGCUGUUUCCAUCUCUGUUUUUUUCUCGGUUCCGGUUGCUCCGCAUGUGCGCGUUGAUGGAGCCGCCGUUCUACCGCCCCGCGCCCUUCCCGGGCGCUUUCUGCCGCCCCGAACCCGACUACGGGGCCCCCCCGGAGCCUUUCCGCGGCCCGAAGCCGCCGCCCUGCCCCGACGGUAGCUUCGGCGUUGCCGGCGGUACCGGCUGCUUCUUCUACCCCGGCGAUCGUGAAGGCUUCGCGACCGGGAGCUUCGCGCAGGCUCUGGACGAGCUGCACCAACCGGGACCGCCUAACGUGGCUCUCCCGGAGGCUCCGGGAUUCGGGGGACCGGGUCGGUUCGUGGGGGUCCCCGAAACAGAAGCAGAGCAGCCGGCGUCCCCGGAGCGAGAGCAGGCGGAGCGGAGGCGGUUACGGAACCGGUUGGCGGCGAGCCGGUGCCGGCGGAGGAAGCUGGAGCGGAUCGCGAGGCUGGAGCAGAGGGUGCGGGGGCUGCGGGCGCAGAACGCGGCGUUGGCGGCGGCGGCGGCGGGGCUGCGAGCCCAGAUCUCAGGGAUGCAGAUGGACCCAUGGACACCUGGAUGACCCAGUGGGGGUCCCUACAGACACAGAUGGACCCCUUGAAGACGCUGACACCCCAAUAUAGAGUCUAUAGGGACCCCCGUGGACGCUCUGGUGGGAAGCGGACUCAGGGGGCUUCCAUGGACACCCUGACAUGGAGCGUCGAGGGACCCCCAUGGACAUGGAUGAUGACCCCCAUAAACACGCCAACAUGGACUUCCACGGUCACCUGGCUCAGAUCCUGUUUGGACCCUCAUGGACACCCUGGUGGGGAUCCUAGGGACCCCCCAGCACCCAAACUUUCUGAGGACACCCCAACGUGGACCUUGCAGAGACCCCCAUAGACACCCUUAUGUGGAUCCCAUGGAUGUAGAUGGACCCUAUGGACACCUGGCACACAUCCUGUUUGGACCCCCAUGGACACCCCAGCACCCCAAUGUGGACUCUCCAGGGACACACACCCCUGCCAGCACAGACAUGGGACUUCUGGGGGUGGGGUGAGGGCUGGGUCCCCCCCAGAAUGGAUCAACCUGAGGGGCCCUGCAGGAUCGGGACCCCCCAGUUGUCGUCCCCCCCAACUGGGAAUUCCAACUCAUUUUAAGAGAGGCUGAGCCCCUCCGGGUGGGGGAAUUGGGGUCGUGUGUCCCCCCCCCCCCCGGCCCUUUCUGAGGGAG